CCCAAAUUCCUUCUACAUAAGAUUCAGCAGCGAGGCAUCGAAGCACUGAAGCGGCCAAGGCGGUAAACGAAGUAACAAAGCCGACGAAGAAGAAGGGUUUUCUCCGAGCAGCGCUCGGUUCUGUCCUCGCCACCGGCCGAAGAUGGAUCGGUACCAGAGGGUGGAGAAGCCAAGGGCGGAGACUCCCAUUGCUGAGAACGAGAUUCGGAUUACCAGUCAGGGAAGGAUGCGAAACUAUAUCACUUACGCCAUGACUUUACUUCAGGAAAAAGAAGCAGAACAAAUUGUGUUCAAAGCAAUGGGCAGGGCAAUCAACAAAGCAGUAACAAUUGUGGAGCUCAUUAAGAGAAGAAUUGUUGGUCUUCACCAGAUUACUUCCAUUACAUCCGCUGACGUAAUUGAUACAUAUGAGCCAUUGGAGGAAGGCCUCCUUCCCCUGGAGAACACUAGGCACGUUUCAAUGAUUACAGUUACACUCUCAAAGAAGGAGUUGAACACCAAAAAUGUUGGGUAUCAGAUGCCUAUUCCUAAGGAACAGGUUAAGGUGGUUAUGGAGACGUAUUAUGAAGAGAGAUCUCCAACUGGUCGUGGAAGAGGCCGUCAUGGUGGUAGAGGAAGAGGCGGGCCUAGAGGUUUAUCGGGAAAUGAUUAUGCAGAAGCUGGGUAUGACGGUGGAGGAUACGAUAGAAAUCAGAACUACAUCAGGGGCAGUACUCGGGGAAGAAGUCAAAAUUUUCGUGGGAGUGGAAAGGGUUACGAGGGUCCCCAAUAUGAUACACAACAAGAUAGUGGCUAUGAGGCACCUGCUCAGGGUAGGGGUAGGGGUCGUGAUUUUCAUGGUCGUGGAAGAGGAGUGUACAAUAAUAAGCAGUUUCAUGCACAACAAGAUGAUGGAUACAAUAAUGAGGCAUCUUAUCGGAGUCGUGGCAGAGGGCGUAAUUUCCGUGAUCAUGGUAGAGGAGGCUACAAUGGUCCACAGCAAGACGACAUUGUUGAUUAUGAGGUGCCUUAUCAGAAUCAUGGUAGAGGUCGUAAUUUCCGUGAACAUGGCAGAGGUUACAAUGGUCCACAUCAAGUAGGUGGCGCCGAUCAUGAGAUACCUUUUCAUAAUCGUGGAAGGGGUCGCAAUUUCCGUGAACAUGGCAGAGGAGGUUACAAUGGUCCCCAGCAAGAUGGCGGUACUGAUUAUGAGGCACCUUAUGGGGCACCUUCUCAGGGUCAUGGCUUCCAUGGACGUGGUGGUAGAGGAGGUUAUAAUGGUCCACCUCAAGGUGGUGGCUAUGAUUAUGAUGCACCUUCUUAUGGUCAAGGUGUUGGCCGUGAUUUCCAUGGACGUGGUAAUUUCCGUGGGCGUGGAAGAGGAGGCUAUAAUGGUCCACAAUAUUAUGAUACACAGCGAGACGGGGACUACAACUAUGAGCCUCAUCGGGGUCGAGGCCGUGCUCAUGCGAGGGGAGGCCGUGGUGGUGGUCGUUCAUGGUAGAUGUGAUGGGGCCUCUGGAGAUGCUUAGUUUGUCAAGUAUUGGAAAAUGAUUGCAGUAACUUUGUUAUCUAAGGGAUUGUUUCAUUUCUCUAUUUUUCUGGAUUGGUUUAUGUUAACUGGAGGAUUGAAGUGUAGACUAAUCUUGGAAGGGACCACGCCUGCGAUUUUGCGGUGAGUCUUUUUUUGCUUUCAAUUUUAUGCGAGCUUUGUCGUUUAUUCGUUGUUUGCCUAGGAGUUUUUUAUGUGGAGGGGUGAUUACUUACUCUAGCAUGCAUAUGAUUAAAUUUCAUGUGCUUUG